AUGACUGUCGUUGAGCAUACCGUGAGUUUUUUCUUGCCAAUACGUGAAGCAGAAAAUGAAUACCUUUCUUCUAAUGCUCUGAAGCUUGUUGAUCGAUGGGAACAUGUGCACCUUAUGAAGGAACUGUAUGGAAAUCAAAUUAAAGAGCUUUAUAAUAGUCUUCUACACCACACUUGGUUGAAUUCGUCAUUAAUGAUUACAAUUGAUGUGGCUUCUUUUCUGCGUAAAGUGACUGUAAGUCUUAGAUACGCUGAUCUUGUCUCUAUACUUCCAACUGCUGUUAGUGUGCUCGCAUGGCCAAAGCAGAGUGAUUCUCUCACAACGACGAUGGUAAUGAGCAGGAGGAGUACUAGUAAGUUCAUUCCAGAACGUAUGUCUUAUGCAGAGGACGCAUUGGAAAUAAUGAGUUUACCAGAAGAUGAACCUGAUAUUUCUUGGGUCAAUUACUUUGUGAAAGAAGUUCCAUCUAGGAACAUUGGGCAACUAUUUAGCUUAGAGCAGAAGCGUAAUGGAGCGUUCAAUGACAUUAUGCCAUCAUGGAUUGAUCAACUGUACAUAGAGCAUGACAGAUAG